CCCACCUUCAUUCACUUCUCAAAUCAAACGGCGGCGACGGAAGGAAGGAGAGGAGAUUUCAAAUUCUGCAAUGGAGUCAUACGCCCCUGAAGAAGAGCUCACCAACAACAGAUCCCCAGAGCCUUCGGAAUCUGACUCUGCGGAGAAGCAAACGCACGUUCGGUUUCUCGUAUCCAAUGCCGCAGCAGGCUCCGUCAUUGGGAAAGGAGGCUCCACCAUCACUGAGUUUCAGGCCAAGUCCGGGGCGAGGAUCCAGCUCUCGCGUAACCAAGAGUUUUUCCCUGGGACUACUGAUAGGAUUAUUAUGAUAUCCGGAUCGGUUAAAGAAGUUGUUACUGGACUUGAACUUAUCCUUGAUAAAUUGCACAGUGAGCUUCAUGCUGAAGAUGGUAGUGAUGUUGAGCCUAGGAGAAGACUAAGACUUGUGGUUCCUAACAGUUCUUGUGGAGGCAUCAUUGGAAAAGGAGGGGCCACCAUCAAGUCAUUCAUUGAAGAAUCUAAAGCUGGUAUUAAGAUAUCUCCUCUGGAUAAUACCUACUAUGGGUUGAGUGAUAGGCUAGCCACAUUGUCUGGAACCUUCGAGGAGCAGAUGCGGGCUAUUGAUUUGAUUUUGGCUAAGCUUACUGAGGAUGAUCAUUACUCCCAGAAUGUGCAUUCUCCAUAUUCAUAUGCAGGUCUUUUCAACUCUGGUUUUCAUGGUCUUCCAUAUGCGUAUGUACUUCCUUCUGUAGCAACAGCGGGAUACAAUUCAGUUAACUACGCACCCAACGGUUCUGGAGGCAAGUAUCAAAACCACAAGGAAGAAGCUAGUACAACGGUGACAAUUGGUGUGUCGGAUGAGCAUAUAGGAUUGGUCCUUGGCCGUGGAGGAAGAAACAUCAUGGAAAUCACUCAGAUGACAGGUGCCAGAAUAAAAAUAUCAGACCGAGGUGAUUUCAUGUCUGGAACCACUGAUAGGAAAGUGAGUAUCACAGGGUCACAAAGAGCAAUCCAACAAGCUGAGACGAUGAUAAAACAGAAAGUUGAUUCAGCCUCAGAGAGAGCCACCGAAUAGAGUAUCCAUCAUUGGUUCCUAUCUCUUGUCUGUUUUAUUUAUUGGUUUGAGGCUUAAGCUUUAAGAUGAAGUCUUUUGAGUGAGGCAGAGAAUGUUCUCUCUAGGAUCUUUGUUUCUUCUUUCUUUUUUUUUUUGGGUCUUGACAUUAUACAAUGUUUGGAGUUAGAUGUGCUAUUUUCAUUUGUUUUUUAAUAACUUUAUUUCAUUUUGUUGAAGUUUUGUUGUAACAACCCAUAACAUUGCAUUUGCUUCUUUCAUAAUAGUUUUUGUGUUCU